AUGAUCCAUGCCGCCGGAGAGAUCAGUUGGUGGUCGUGCUUGAGACGGAGCGGUUGGCCGUGUGCGAUCGCAAAAUUUUCCGAUACUAAAAUAUAUGUGUAUAUACCGCCGUGUCCACAAACGUGGCCAGAUAAGAGAAGAUAUUACCUUUUUCUCGCCGGGUUAUUCCAAGUUAUUAUUAGCGACUUUCCCAGCUAUUCGCUGAGUGACCUAACAAAUCACUCAACAAAUCGGCUCACAAAAUAUAGACACUUGACACUUGAGAGAUCGUUAUUCAACCGACUUUCAACGGAAAUGACAGCAUUUGGGGUUACCAAACCGAACCAAUGACAAAUAACAGAAACCGCUGGCAACUACAGGCUACCAACAAAUGUCGUGUGAACUUUAAAAACCCGCAAAAUGAAAAUCCCAAAACCGAAAAGAGAAAAUUAAAUAAUAACUAGUGAACACAAACGACAGUAAUGAGUUAUCCAAACCUUUCGAAGAUUUAAACCUAUAUGUAAUUUAUUUAAUUC